AUGUCGUAUGUAAAGACAAUCGUUGUGAUCGGCGGCACCGGCAUGUACGGCGGCUCAGUCGCCCACUCACUAAAAGACAACGCCGAAUUCCAAGUGCUAUUGACGACACGAGAUCCCAACUCUCCCAAAGCCCGCCAGCGCCGCGAGGAAGGAUUCCUACUCGUAAAAGCCGACUCCUGGAGCGCCGCGGAGCUCGAUUCAGCAUUCGCAAACGCCUACGGCGUAUUCCUCAACACCGACUCGGACGACGCGAACUUCAAAAACGAGAUCGGGGCCCCCGAGUCCGCCAUGGGGAAGAUCGUCAUCGACGCUGCCAUCCGACAGGGGGUGAAGUACUUUGUUUACUCGGGUCUUCCGCAGUGUGAGCGUCUUACGAACGGGGAGGUGUCGAUCCUGUCGUUUAGCAACAAGAACGCCAUCGCGAACUACGGACGGAAGGCGGGCUUCGAGGCGUUUGUGGAGGUGAAUGCGGGGUGGGCGAUGGAUAUCUUCUUCAUGGAGACGUACGGCAAGGCGUUUGGUGGGUUUGCGACGAUUCCUGACGCGGAGGGCUUUCUCAGCCUGAAGACGUUCUCGAUGGGCAAUGACCCGGAGCGCAUUCCGUGGUCCUCUGUCAAGGAUGAUUAUGGGGACGCUGUGCAUGCUGUGUUCCUGGACCCGGCCAAGUACGCAGAUCGGAUUAUCUGGGCCAUCUCGGAGGCAGUCGGCUUUCAACAUGUGGUUGAUACGUAUAACCGCAUCACUGGGACGCAGGUCGCGCGGUUUGUACCGCAGACGGAGCCCCUUAAGGCUGCCACGCCUGGCAAGACCAAGGAAGUUAAUGGAUUGCGGAACUAUUGCCACUACAUGAAGGGGGAUUACUGCAAUGGUCAGGUUACGGACGAUCGCUUACUGGAGGAGAUGAGAACGCUCAAGGCGCUGGCGUCGAAGGCGCGUGGGAAAGGACAUGCCUCGACCCAGACUAUUGAGGGCUUUCUACGUGAGAAUAGUUCGGUCAAGGCGCGACCAUCGCUGUGA